AGUCUUGAACCGCCUUUGCAGAGAUAAAUAUGGACUAAAAUUCGGUCUCUCGUCUUCAUCUCCAAGAAAGAAAUCAAUACCAAAAAAUCACAUAAUCACAGCUGAAUACGAUACAGAGAAGAAUCAUUACAAACUUGAAGAGAUGUUUAGUUCAAAGAAGUUAGUUGGUUCAAUGCUGAAUCAAGUUCGUCCUCACUUACAAUCAUCAUCAUCAAUCCGAUCACUAUUUGAUCAAUCUGGUAAUGGAUUACUGUUGAAAACAAAGGUACCGGCGAUUGGUAUGCGGAGAGCGAGUACCUUAACAUUAGGUGAAGAAGAAGAGAAAGGAGGGUUGGGUGGUUCUUCAGCUGCCGCCGGUGGGAAUAAGGAUGGGCCGGAGCAGAAUGGAGUUGCUAGCUAUUGGGGUGUUAGCCCAAAUAAGUUGGUUAAAGAAGAUGGUACAGAGUGGAAAUGGAAGUCAUUCAGGCCGUGGGAAGCAUAUGAACCGGAUAUGUCAAUUGAUUUAACCAAACAUCAUAAACCAACAAAUAUGAUGGACAAAUUUGCUUAUUGGACUGUCAAAGCUCUUCGUUACCCAACUGAUGUUUUUUUCCAGAGGAGAUAUGGGUGCAGAGCAAUGAUGUUAGAAACAGUGGCAGCAGUGCCAGGGAUGGUAGGAGGAAUGCUAUUGCAUUUUAAAUCUUUACGACGCUUUGAACAUAGUGGAGGUUGGAUCAAAGCAUUGCUGGAAGAAGCCGAGAAUGAAAGAGUGCACCUAAUGACAUUUAUGGAAGUAGCCAAACCAAAAUGGUAUGAAAGAGCAUUAGUAAUUGGGGUGCAGGGAGUGUUUUUCAAUGCCUAUUUCUUAUCUUACAUGAUUUCGCCAAAGCUUUCUCAUAGAAUUGUUGGGUAUUUGGAAGAAGAAGCCAUUCAUUCUUAUACUGAAUUUUUGAAAGAGUUAGACAAAGGAACUAUUGAGAAUGUUAAGGCACCUGCUAUUGCCAUCGAUUACUGGAGGUUACCUUCUGAUGCUACAUUGAAGGAUGUUGUUAUGGUUGUUAGAGCUGAUGAAGCACACCAUCGUGAUGUUAAUCAUUUUGCUUCGGACAUACAUGUUCAAGGGCAUGAACUCAAGGAAUCAGCAGCUCCAAUUGGGUAUCACUGAAAGUCUUCUUAGCUUAUUUGAGACAUAGUUCAAUCCUGAAGUAUUCCCUUUCUUUUGUGGUUUAACAAGUGUCUUUAUAUUUUGUCCGGAUUUUGGGGCAUAUAUCUAAAGAUUGAAUACUUGGCUCAGAUCAGAUGUACCUAUAAAUAAAAUGGAGGGGCCAAUUUAUUUUGACAUAUAUAUGAAAUUUUGCGAUUCUGAUUUUUGAAUGCUC